AUGAUUGUUGUCAUGAAUGUCUCAUUCGUUGGCUUGAUUUUCUUGCAUCUAUUUCUUAAAAAGCGCUACAUCAUGAAUAAGGAGGACCUUGGUGAAGACCAGAAAGUAACGGAAGUUAAGAGUUUGAAGAAAUCUUGCUAUCGGAACAUUUUCCUAUUGUUGUUGACGACCUACCCCACGACGACAAAAUCCAUCAUUCAGAUUCUUCUUCUUCCUGGUUCCUUUGUAGAGAUUUGUUUCAUUGACGACAAGAGCGACUGCAUCUUCCUGCUGAGAGCUGACUACUCCAUCCAGUGUUUCACUCCUCCCCACAGCUUGUAUUGGCUCAUGGCUUCUAUCUUGGCAUUAUAUCCCGUAGGAUUUCCACUUCUGGCUCUGUUUCUCACUUACAAGUAUCGCGAGUCCCAGGAAAACGAAGCAAUUUCUUUCGGACUCAGAGUUUUCUUUGAAAACUAUACGAAGAAAUUUUGGUUUUGA